UCGAGUGCGCUCAUUGGACGCCCAGUUUUUUUUUCAUUUAAUGUACAAUUUAUUUUUUAUAUCAGUGUUUUUGCUGAUUGCGUAUAAUUUAUUUAUCAUCCCCUGUCAAACAGAUAUGUUGGCAUCAAUUGUAAAGCCUGGAAUCUUCCGGCACAUUAUUUGCCGUAACAAUGUGUAUCCCCGUAGUAGUGUAUCCCGUUAUCCAGUGCCGGAUGAAGUUGUUUUUUGGACAGAGUCCUAUGAUGAGUACUGCCCGCCGUCUUACACAGCACCACACAUAGGAGGGCAGAGCUGGGCGGAUGCUCCGUUGCCCAGCGAAACUGUUCAGCCAAAGUGGAAUUACAAUGAUGGCAUCGUAAAUCGCGUCUCUUUCCAUGGUGAAUAUAAACUAAAGGACGGCCUGCCUCAAAAUCCAAUGGGACGCACUGGACUAACUGGCCGUGGCUUACUCGGACGCUGGGGUCCUAACCAUGCCGCAGAUCCUAUCGUAACACGUUGGAAACGGGAUGAACAAGGAGAGACUCUACGCAAUGAUAUUAGUGGAAAGAAUAUUCUACAGAUGGUGGCCAUACAACGAUCUGACAACAAACUGUGGGCCAUACCAGGCGGCAUGGUCGAUCCCGGCGAGAAUGUGACCGUUACGCUCAAGCGCGAGUUCACCGAAGAGGCGCUGAAUUUCACCGAUAAGGGCAACAUGGUAGAAGAGUUCUUUAAAGACGGCGAUCCUGUUUACAGUGGCUACGUGGACGAUUUCCGCAACACUGACAACGCUUGGAUGGAGACAACUGCGCUGAACUUCCAUGACGAAGAUGGCACCAAGGUUGGCCAGCUCCAACUGGAAGCCGGCGAUGAUGCCACAAAUGUCCGCUGGACGGACAUCGAUGCGAAUCUCAAGUUGCACGCAAAUCAUGCGGAUAUUGUUAAAGAGGUGGUACUCAAGAGAAAUGCUCAUUGGUAAUUGAAUAGACGAUGAGAUUUCUACAAGUUUCAAAUAAAUAUUAAUAUCUCUAAUUGUGAUCCUUUUGUACUCUGUUAUUGCCAUCACUUUAAUUUAGUAAUAAAAGUCUCAGUCAUGUUUCGUGUAUA